AUGUAUCUGAUGCAACUGCUGAGAGCACGUUCCGAGUUGAGCAGCAAUGGGCUGAGUGAACUGAAAGGGAGCGGGGCUAGUACGCAAGCGAGUUCCUCAUCUUCUAGCUCGUCAGAGUCGGAAUACAUCCCUUCCCCUGCUCAUUCUCCUGUUCGAGCAAUGGCUCAACCCGAACAGCCUGUUCAGCCUGUAGCUGGGACUGCUGCUCAAGCAGUUCCACUUGAAGCAGCUCCACUUCGAGCUAAGGCAGGGCCAGCUAGGAAGUCCGGUUAUAGACUUCAGCGAAGUCGAUACCAUCCCUCCCAUCUUGAAACAGGAGGAUGUGGACGAACUGGAACUGGUGGGGAAGGUUGGAAGGCACAGUUUUUCAAUGUGAAAAACAUAGGCUUUCCUCCCCCAACCUGGAGGGAGGAAACCCAAGUGUCUGACCCUCUUCCUUCUCCUCUCCCUGAGGCCGAACUGGAUCGUCUACUCAGUUCAGACUUGAGGCUGAGUGUGAAGGAAUUCAAUAAUGCCCAACUCUGGGCAGCUGGUCUAAUCCGAGCAAAUGUGUCUACUUCUGCCCCUGAUACUAGACCUCUCACUCUAGAUGACUUGGCUACCUUGAAGAGGUUUUCGCAGCUACUGAAACUCGGAGGAGCCGGCAGUUCGAGUGCUCCUACAUCGGCGCCUUCCGCAGUACCAGCGAGCUCAGUUCCCCCUCCGCCUCCACCAGUGCCUACUCAACAAGCCCUAGCUCAGUCAUCUCCAGCGGAGGAGCACGGAAAGAAGAAGCGGAAGAAAUCUACGGCCAAGAGGGCGCGAACUGAAGUCACCUCCUCUCCAGCUCAAGCGGAGGAAUCUGCUCCCACACCUCACCAGUUCGGCCAUUACGGGGUGAACUCGGCCGAAUAG